UCUCCCAUCCCCUGCUGUCGGAGCACCGGGCCGAUCCCCGGCGUGGUGGGAGCAGCUCCGUUGCCCUCCGCCGCGUUUCCGGGGCGGGUGAGGGCUUUUCUGCGGGCGGGCUGCGGCCGCUGGAGCCCUGCUUCUGCUGUCGGUACCGGUCCAGCCUGGCCUGGCCCGGCCCGUCCAGCCGCCAGGAUGAUCAACGCCAUCCUGGUGUUCAACAACCACGGCAAGCCGCGGCUCGUCCGCUUCUACCAGCACCUGACGGAGGAGGUCCAGCAGCAGAUCAUCCGGGAGACCUUCCACCUGGUGCUGAAGCGAGAUGACCACAUCUGCAACUUCCUGGAGUGUGGCAGCCUCUUUGGUGGCUCUGACUACAAGCUGAUCUACCGGCACUAUGCCACACUCUACUUCGUCUUCUGCGUGGACUCCUCAGAGAGCGAGCUGGGCAUCCUGGACCUCAUCCAGGUGUUUGUGGAGACGCUGGACAAAUGCUUUGAGAAUGUCUGUGAGCUGGACCUCAUCUUCCACAUGGACAAGGUCCACCACAUCUUGCAGGAGGUGGUGAUAGGUGGCAUGGUGCUGGAGACCAACAUGAAUGAGAUUGUGGCGCAGGUGGAGGCCCAGAGCAAGCUGGAGAAGGCUGAGGGAGGCCUGUCGGCCGCUCCGUCCCGCGCGGUGUCGGCGGUGAAGAACAUCAACCUGCCCGAGAUCCCUCGCAACAUCAACAUCGGGGACAUCAACAUCAAAGUGCCCAACCUCUCGCAGUUCAUGUGACCGUCCUGCCGCCCGGGCUGGCUGCGGA